UGUACACAUUUCAUGUUUGUGCAUGGAGCUCCCAAGUACAAUAGUCCAUGUAAAUAAAACUGAUCUUUUGACGUUUUUUAAACUCUUUAGAGCGUGGUCUGAGCGGUGUGCGUUGUCUUGUAGCUAAAUACUAAAGAGCAAAGAGGGCGAUUUACUAUGGCUUGUCCGAUCUAUCCAAAGGACACACCGCAGCCCACCGAGGACAUCGCAUUUCAGCAAGUACUGCGUCAAAUUGGAGGUAAAGAGAAUAUAUACUUAAUAAGUGAUGCCGUCAAAUCGGGUGAGGAGGACGAAGCCAGUGGGAUAUUAAAGGAGUUCAUUCAGGACAUGUUUCAUAGCGGGCGCACUGAAAACCUUGGCACGGGCCAUACCAACAACAACACUAACGGUCAGGUUUAUUCCUCUCCAAAUAGUCAAGGGGAUAUUACAAGCGAAAAUAAUGGGACAUGCGAAACAGUAAUCAACUGUAAGACUUUGCCUCAAGCCCAGGGGAACGAAAUACCUCUGUCAACGAGGCCAAAGGAUUUAGUAUUAAGUUCCAAGUCUAUGGGAGAGGAUAAAGGACCACCGAGGCUCAAUGGGAACGUCCAAAAGACCAAAACCUCAAGCAUGAACAGUUGUAGAGGAAAGCGAAUAAUAGACUAUCCUAUUAUAAUAUUCAUAUUUAGACAGGAGUUUUUCAGUGGCAGUGCAAACGCAAUUUACCUGAGAGAAAUUCUGAAGGAUGUUAGGUCACGUGUGAAACGUGCCGGUGUCCGCCCAGCACUAGUCGGGUUAAUACGCUCAAUAGGUGAGAGCAACGAGACGCGUGAAUCAGUGGGAUUUCUGGAGGGCCUGCUUCGUUCAGUGUUUCGGAAACAUCCACCAGAAGCCAUCUGGGCAGGGCAUUUCAUUCCCAAGACGGAGGAUAGGAUGCUGGCCAUCAAGAAAUAUGCCUGCAAAGCCAUCUAUUCGGCCCAAUCCUCAGAUAAUUCUGAGGAAAGAGGGAACAUGUUUUUCAGGCCAUUCCAAUGUUUGCCUUGGCCUAGAAGACACAGCAGCCAGGCCAACAACACUUCAGCAAACAGGCAAAGAGGUGACGCUGCUAGUGCAGAGGAAGGGAUCCCUCUGAAGACUGGUGUUUUGUCCGCUGGACCCCAGGCAGAGUCAGACUGUGGUGUAACCAAAAAGGACAGUCAUGAUGACACUCAUGGGUCAUGAUUUCCCAUGUCCAACUGUGGACAAUACUCAAAAUUGGUCUCAAGGAACAUUGGUGUCUGUACAAGUCUGCAGUUAAGUCACGUGACUGACACAUUGGCCUUACAAUGUGUUGAUGAUCAGUCACGGAAGAGUUGAUACAUUAGCCUGUGAUUAUGAACAAUUUGAAUUUAGAGAACUCAAGUUACGCAACUUAAUACAUUUAGUGUACAUGUGUAUCUUGUGAGGUUACUCUGUUACAUAACCAUCCAUGUAUGUUGUCACUUGAAAUAAUUGUCAUGUAAUAUCUGUUUUUGUUGUUACAAAGAGCCCACCUUGAAUUGUAAAACAACAAUGAAAAAAUGUGUGACCAACAAACACUAUGACCAUUUACUUCAUUCUGUUCGGUAAGUGUUUUGAUGUUAUUUUCUUUUGCUUGACUUCAAUUAAUGUUAAGCAACUAGUGAGUUUGAAAACAUUGUUUUUUAAAACAAUAUGGAUUUAAUAGGCGCAAUGAGAAAGAGUUAGAGACAAUUAGAAAGUCCAAAAUGUGAGACGGCAUGGUGCCUUAGAAAUUCAGUCGACAUAAAAAAAAUGUUGGGUUAAAAACAACCCAGCCCUGGGUAUAAAAAACAACCCAGCCCUGGGUAUAAAAAACAACCCAGCCCUGGGUAUAAAAAACAACCCAGCCCUGGGUAUAAAAAACAACCCAGCCCUGGGUAUAAAAAACAACCCAGCCCUGGGUAUAAAAAACAACCCAGCCCUGGGUAAAACAACAACCCAGCCCUGGGUAAAACAACAACCCAGCCCUGGGUAAAACAACAACCCAGCCCUGGGUAAAACAACAACCCAGCCCUGGGUAUAAACAACCCAGCCCUGGGUAUAAACAACCCAGCCCUGGGUAUAAAAAACAACCCAGCCCUGGGUAUAAAAAACCCAGCCCUGGGUAAAACAACAACCCAGCCCUGGGUAUAAAAAACCCAGCCCUGGGUAUAAACAACCCAGCCCUGGGUAUAAAAAACAACCCAGCCCUGGGUAUAAACAACAACCCAGCCCUGGGUAAAACAACAACCCAGCCCUGGGUAAAACAACAACCCAGCCCUGGGUAUAAAAAACCCAGCCCUGGGUAUAAACAACCCAGCCCUGGGUAUAAACAACCCAGCCCUGGGUAUAAAAAACAACCCAGCCCUGGGUAUAAAAAACCCAGCCCUGGGUAAAACAACAACCCAGCCCUGGGUAUAAAAAACCCAGCCCUGGGGAAAACAACAACCCAGCCCUGGGUAUAAAAAACCCAGCCCUGGGUAUAAACAACCCAGCCCUGGGUAUAAAAAACCCAGCCCUGGGUAAAACAACAACCCAGCCCUGGGUAUAAACAAUCCAGCCCUGGGUAUAAACAACCCAGCCCUGGGUAUAAACAACCCAGCCCUGGAUAAAAAAACAACCCAGCCCUGGAUGAAAAAACAACCCAGCCCUGGAUAAAAAACAACCCAGCCCUGGGUAAAAAAAACAACCCAGGCCUGGUAAAAAAAAACAACCCAGCCCUGGAUAAAAAACAACCCAGCCCUGGAUGAAAAAACAACCCAGCCCUGGGUAAAAAAACAACCCAGCCCAGCCCUGGGUAAAAAAACAACCCAGCCCUGGGUAUAAACAACAACCCAGCCCUGGGUAAAACAACAACCCAGCCCUGGAUAUAAAAAACAACCCAGCCCUGGAUAAAAAAAACAACCCAGCCCUGGGUAUAAACAACAACCCAGCCCUGGGUAAAACAACAACCCAGCCCUAGAUAUAAAAAACAACCCAGCCCUGGAUAAAAAAACAACCCAGCCCUGGGUAAAACAACCCAGCCCUGGGUAUAAACAACAACCCAGCCCUGGGUAAAAAAACAACCCAGGCCUGGGUAAAACAACCCAGCCCUGGGUAUAAACAACAACCCAGCCCUGGGUAAAAAAACAACCCAGCCCUGGAUAAAAAACAACCCAGCCCUGGAUAAAAAAACAACCCAGCCCUGGAUGAAAAAACAACCCAGCCCUGGAUAAAAAACAACCCAGCCCAGCCCUGGGUAAAAAAACAACCCAGCCCUGGGUAUAAACAACAACCCAGCCCUGGAUAUAAAAAACAACCCAGCCCUGGAUAAAAAAACAACCCAGCCCUGGGUAUAAACAACAACCCAGCCCUGGGUAUAAACAACAACCCAGCCCUGGGUAAAACAACAACCCAGCCCUGGAUAAAAAAACAACCCAGCCC